ACGUAUACAUACAUACGCAUGAACCUACUAUGUAUGUGAUUAUAAACAAUAUCUGUCAAAAACCUAUAUUAAUGCCUUCAACGAUUUACUGUAAUUUCAUUAUUAUAUUUGUUAUAAAUUAAAGAGUACAUAGUUAAUGUGUUAUAUAUGAAAAAAACUAAUAAAAAGUUAAAACUAAAAAUUUAACCACUAAAACAAAAAUAGAUAAAUUCAUUAUUAAAUAGGACACGUGAACCUGUAUUUAAAAAAUCAAAAUUUGUAUAUGAUUAACAAUAACAAAGUAAUAUUGGUAAAUAAUUUUAUCUCUAGUAUGGGAUUCAAGAUCAUAUAGAAUCAAUUUAUUGUUUCGUGUAGUGCGUUUUUUCAUUAUUAUAUAUGUAAACAUUAAAAAUACAACAAACAAAAACGGCAUAGAUAAAAAAAACAAGUUUGUGAUAUAUUCAUUAAAAAAAUGGAUCAAUUUGAUAAACACCAGCUUGAGAAGAAUGAUCAACAAUUGUUUACUGAUUCAUUUAAUGUUUGUUGGGAGCUUUUAAAAAGAAAAGAAUAUUAUCUUAGUGAACGUGAGACUGAUAUAUAUUCAAAGUUGUCAUUAAAUUAUGGUCAUGACAUGUAUGAUGCCAUGAUGAUAAUUAUGAACAAAAUUAUGAAAUCCAAUAAAGACAAAGAUGCAGUUGAAAAAUCAAAAGUUGAAUCAAUAAAAAUUGUAACAGCAGAAGCCACCCGGGACUCAGGUUAUGAUGAUAAUUGUGAUCAAUCGAAUGAACAACAACAAAAACAAGUUGACAAAGUAAACAUUAACAUCAACGCCAGUCAAGACAAGAUAAUAUCGAAUAAAAGAAACAUACCAGUUGAUAAAAUUCAUUCCAAGAAGAGGUUCAAAGCAGAUCAUAAAGAAAAUGACCCGAUUGAAAAAGAACAUAUGAUUGAUGAAGGUGAAACCAUGAAAGAUAAAACCUUGCCAGUUACAGAUGAUUCUAUUGAUGUUGACAAAACAAAUAACUCGAAAGAUCACUCAAUUAGAUUAGAAAUAAAGCCAAACGAAAUUACUAAUUAUUUUGAAUCAAUUUUUUUCCAAGAUGACUAUCAAAGUUGUUCCAACGGAGUCACUGAGAAUGCUGAUCAUCAAGAAAACACAAGAACUAGUACUGGUUCACUUGUUUCUGAAAAAUAUACUUUAUGUGCAGAAGAAGUUGAUGAACUAAGCUUCACUCAAGACAAAAAUCUUUAUGGUAAUGAUGAUGAUGAUGAUAAUAAUGAUUAUGGCGAUAACGAUGAUGAUGAUGUUGUUGAUGAUGAUGAUGAUGAUAAUAAUAGCCUAAAUCAAAAUACAAAUCUUGAAGAAAAAAUUAAAAACAUUGAUAAUGUUUCUUUAAAAGAAAAAAGAUUUGUGGUUAAAUUGGCAAUAGAAAAUCCAACUUGGUCAAUAGGUAUGUUGAAAAAGCACAGUGGAUGUAAAAAUAUUUAUAACCACCAUCAAGUUAAAGAGUGGAAAAAACAGGUUCAACAAGGAGGAUCUCCUCGUGAAAAAAUGAAUUGUGUAAAUAACUGGGUUCUAAAUAAGUGUAUUGAGAGCCAACAGAAAGGAGAAGUACUUACAAAUGAAAAAAUUCAAGCUUUUGGUCUUGAAGCCAAAAAAAUAUUCAAACCGAUGAAAUUUUUAGCAGGUAAUGGCUGGUUAGCAAUGUUUAAAAAAAAUCAUGAAAUUACUGGCAGGCAACAUCAUCUAAAAAUUAAUUGUACCUUGCAAAAAAAAGAAUCAUUUUCUUUAUCAAACGCUUGUGUUCCUUUUGAAACAAAAGUUAAAGUUGUUAAUCUUUCAAAUGAUAAUCCCCAUUGGACUUUAAAAAUGUUAAGAGAAGAAAGUGGUUGUCAUAAUCUUGAAACUAUGAAUCAACUCAACUAUUGGAGAAGAGUUGUUAAAAAUUGCGAUAAGAAAAUAGCCACUAGCUCUUCCACUGGAAAAAUUUAAUUCUACUUAAGUACUAUGUGAAUAUGAUGAUGAAUAUCAAUAUAAAAUACAAGUUCAAGUGGAGACAGCGGCAAACAAGAGCAAAUUUAAAGCUGAUUAUGUUAGAAUUACUCACUAAUUAUUUUUACUGGUUGUAUCAAUCAUUAUCAAGUUGUUUUGUUUUGUUGAUCGUUUCCUAAUCAUUGGAUUUUAUCACAACAAAAGUAACAAGUUCUGGUUAUACCCAAUUUUUAAGAUACUUUUUAUAUAUAAUAAAUCUUUAAGUAAUUAUUAUUAAUAAAUUUUUAUAAUUAUUAAAA